CUCGCAAACAGUCGGCCAGAUAUCCUGUACUUGACACAAAAUGAAUGAAUCACCGCCACCAUAUCACGCUCAUGACCCUAGCCCGAAUGUACGACCGACUGCGGCCCCCGUUUAUGAACUAUCCGCUCCCACCAAUUCGCAACCACAUGGCUCGCAAGACACCGCUGUCCUAUCUCACGAACCGGGUACGCACAACACUAGCCCUCAGGAAAUUGAGCAGUCCGGGUUCAUCUCGGCAAUACCGUACUUUGAGCUUCGUCCACCUAGUCGUCCACAGCCUCACGACUUCUUCGUCCAUACCAUUGUGAUUGAGUCACAUGCCAGCGCAGAGACAUCACCAUAUCCCUCACGCAAUUCUCUAUUCCAGCUGCGGGAAGUCGAUGAAUACGAUUGGAGAACAUUUGUGAAUCAUUUGUUUCCUCCUAUGCAAAGGGGGGGUUCGUCCGGGCUCGCCGGGUCAAACCAACGGACUACGCCGAGCCAGACCGCUAGAGUACAGCAGUUUUCAUCGAGCAGCUUCGAAAAUGCCAAAUCAAGAGCAGAAGGGCUUACGGAACUGGUUGAUAGGCUCUCUCUUCCACCGAACAAGAGAUCUGCAUCUGAUAGCGGACGUGUUGCAGACUCUUCACGUCUUCGGAGAAUCAGAAUUCAGUCCGUCGUCGCUGAGUGGAACACUGGCUUUUUUGAGCCUCGUGGCCUGAAAAUCAUCCUUCUAUUCCCCGAAGACUCGUCACUUGCCGGGAGGCAAGCCUCUCAGCAAAGCGCUCGAGGGAUUCCAACUUCUCAGCGAGAUGGAGAGGAAACUCCGCUUCACAAAGCGGUCGCUAGAGGCAAGGAAUCCGAAGUCCGCCUCCUCCUCGAGACAGGUUCACAAUACAUUGAUGCGAGAAACAAGAAAGGCGAGACACCGCUCUACCGUGCGGUUUCUCAAGGAGAAAAAUCGAUUGUGAAAUUGCUGCUGGAAUAUAACGCCGAUCCACAAGCUCGACCUCCGGGGGCAAAUAGCCCUCUUCACACGGCAGUAAUCUACGACCGCUCAAGUAUUCUCAAGAUGCUAAUUGAGAAGUCAGUUGAGGGACUCGAAGAAGUAACUCCGGCAGGCGAGACCCCCUUGUAUCUCGCCGUGGCUCGCGGCCAGACAAAGAACACCAAGGCCCUCUUGGAGGCUGGCGCCAACCCUCACACAAGGCCACUGGGGAAAGAUACAAUGCUAGACGUCGCAGUCAACAGGCGUGACUCUUCCAUUAUAGAACUGCUCCUGGACGGCGGCGUCGACCCUAACCAGAGGUCUAGAAACGGCGACACGCCACUCAACCGUUUCGCCGUGAACGGAAGUACCAACAUGGUCAAAACUCUUCUGGAACAUGGCGCGAACCCGAAAGCGAAGGAUAGAAAAGGGGAUUCUCCUUUGUCGGUUGCCGUUACUCAUGGUCACUCCUCUAUAGUGUCGCUACUCCUCGCCACGGAAGAAAUCGACAUCAAUUCGACGAAUGAAAAGGGCGAAACCCCGGUGUACAUAGCCAUAUCGAAGGGGAAUUCCUCAAUCACCGAGUUGCUGCUGAAGAAUGGCGCCGACACCAACAAACGACCUCCGAACGAGGAAACCGUGCUCAAUCUAGCAGUCUCACACGGCAACAGUACAUUGGUGAACCAAUUGCUAGACCGGGGGGUGGACGUCAACGUUGCCAACAAAUCUGGAGACAGUCCACUUUCUCAAGCGGUAUCGCGCGGUGACCCUUUCAUGAUCAGCCUUUUGCUAAGCGCUGGCGCGGACGUCGAUGCUGUCAAUGCCUCUGCGGAUCCAAUCCUAUAUCGCGCAGUCUACAAUGGGAAUGCAGCAGUCACAUCGCUUCUGUUGGCUCACGGAGCUAAAGCCGAUGUGCAGAGCCAGAAGGGAGAAACGGCCUUGUAUCGGGCAGUUUCCAAGGGCGACGCCUCAAUAUGUGCCCUACUACUCUGUUAUGGAGCUAAUCUGAGAACUGGGAGUCCCUCAGGAGAAACAUGUCUAUAUCGUGCGGUCUACCUUGGAAAUACGCAGGUGGUCUCGUUACUACUCGGGCACGGAGCACCGCCUGACGAAUGCAAUCCCAACAACCCAGAAACGCCACUCUAUCGCGCCGUCUACAGAGGCGACAUAUCCAUCGCGACGAUGCUACUUGGUAAAGGUGCAAAUCCCACCACGCCCAGCGUCAACAACGAAUCUCCAUUGCAGUAUGCUAUCAGGAAGAACAACAAAUCUAUGACGCAGAUACUGACAAAUUUCUCGCUGCAAUACUCUGAAAUGAAAAGGUUGUGAUGGACAUGUUCUCACUUUAUCCCUCAUUGAAGAGCUUAUAUACGCUGCUGGCGCGGAGAACGGCACGCUGCAUACUGUGAUCUCGAAAGCGAUGGUCUUUCUGGCACAACCAAAUUGGGUACUCGGCGCAUACACUACGGACUUGGAAGGCAGACUCGGCCUCGGUCGGCCGAGGAGUAGAGUCUUCAAGCACUGGAAGGAAAUAAAGGCGUCUAGAUGGGUCUAAGAGGUGUCAUUGUCGCUGAUACAGAGGAUCCAGAGAGGCGAAGGUGUGAUCGCUGUACAUUAAAGGGACCACGCCAUAUCCCAACUAAAGGUUAUUGUGCACAGGGAAAGACUGUGCAUUUUGGAAGAGGAGGAAAGCCGUCCUAGGAAAUAAAAUUGUUGAAGGCGCCUGUGUGCGUCCCUCAGUCCAAGCCUCAUUCUCACAUCCGUUAUCAACUCCACUGAUGCCUUCAUAGCGACUUAAGGAUGCCCAUCGUAUCAACGAAGUUGAACUCGUGUAUUGUCUCUUGCCAGAGU